CGAUGACAUUCAUGUUGUGCCUAGCGCGUACCUCAGUGGCCUAGCUAGCUAAGUCAGUGAUAAAACCGUCUAAAAUGAAUAUUAUCAGGUCGUCAUUUUCCAGGUUUCAUGGAGUGAUAUGCCCCACCAGGAUUGUUGCACCACAGCUUCCAGGAUCCAGUGGCCCCCAGCCACGAGCUCUGAGUGGUUGGGUGCUGUCCCAGGCCUGUGUACCUCCACAGACCUCUCGGUGUGGACCUCUCACAUCACAGCAGAGGGGGCUGGGGUGUUUCAGCAACUCCCCUGGCACCACCAACAGAUUCGCACAGGGAAGCGGGGCACAGAGUAUCAGCCCAAGAAUAUAAAGCGGAAGAGGACCCACGGCUGGAUCAAGAGGAUCAGCACUCAGGGUGGCAUCGAGGUGAUUCUCCGUAGAAUGCUGAAAGGUCGAAAAUCCCUGUCACACUAAGCACCCAAUGGACAAACAUUUUUCGGUUAACUUAUUGACGUACCCAGGUUUUGCCACCACUGUUGAAGAAGAUGCCUAACAACUUCAAGACUUACUGGCCCAGUUUUGUGUAGAGCUGGAUGUCAGUUAUUGGGUAUGUGAAGGCUGAUGUUUGUCCAUGUAAAUGGAUAUGUCUUUUACACACUUUGACAAAUGUUUUCCCAUCAUGUAUUUCAGCAACUAUCUCGCAGAAGCUAAGAAGUAGUGCAGAGCCUUGCUGAUACCAUCAGUGAAUUUGAAAUGGCAUAUGACCUUGUUAAGUCAUGCAGGAUGAAAGUUAUGAUAAAAGACCCAAAGUUGCACAUGUCAACAUACAGUGGUGGGGUUGAACUAGGUCCAGAAUUUGAAUAUUGUACUUUAAUAAAUAGGUGCUGGGCUAUAAACAUUUGCGCUAUUAAGUUACUGCGAAAAUAGAUACACCUUCUGACCUUCAUCAAUUUUAAAGCUAAUACACGUUUGUCAUUCAAGUCUUUGUCUUGCUCAAAUAAAAGCACUCUGUGAGUUUCUGAAUAAAUAAAUACACUUUUUUUUUUG